UAAAACAGGCUUAAGUCCAAUGAAUGGCGGAAAUUAAAAAUCAUCAUUGCAGUACACAGUUUUGUCCACUAGAUGUGGGUAUUGUUAUGCGAAUAGGGAGUAACCAAUGUCCAUCACCAAUGACUUUCAAGCAAAUUCUGUCAAAAUUUUUGAUGUUAAGGGAUCAACAUUGGUAUUUAUCAGAAUUGCAAUUCAGUAUCUUAAUCUUUAUCAAAUCUUGUUUAUCAUAAAUGUAAAAAAUAUUUCUCCCCCUGGAGAACAACCCACAGGCAGGCUGCCAACCACUUAGUGGGCGUGGUCUCAUACAUCCUGAAAUGCCUUUAAGGUAGCACUGGCAUUAAAUCCUCAUUUCUGUCAUUGCACCACCAUGAGUCGUAGAGGGAAACCACGCGAAACAAAGAUCCCUGAGGCCAACUGUGCUAUGGGCCCGGGUACACAAACACCCCUGUGUUCAGGUCCAGGGACAGCCUUUAAGGAAGAGCAGAACCAGAAGAUCAAGAAGGAACAGAAACCAAAGAAAAGAGAGCAGAAAAGGCCAGAACACACAAAUGAAACAUCUGUGCCAGACGUCAAAACAGAGAGCGCGUGUAUAAAGACAAAAAAAGGCACUAGCACCAGCACUUCACCAGAACAUCUCACAGAUGAGAAACCACAGCACAGGCAGCCAGAGACACCCAAGGGCGCCACAAAGGUUCCUGUGCCACAGAGCAAUAUUGGACAGAAAGCUGAUGUGGAUAAAAUCCUUUCUACAACCCUGACGAAGCUGAAGAUCAAGAGGAAAGACAGAGCAGAAGCAGCACACCUCAUCAAUGGAAUAAUAAAAAAUAUAAUGGAUUAUUUAAACAAGAACACUGAAUGCUUUAAAGAUGUACAAGACCUGCGUACUGGAAGUUACUACGAAAACCUAAAGAUCUCUAAUCCUGAUGAAUUUGAUGUGAUGCUGACUGUUCCCAUAAGCCGGGUGGACAUCCAACCAUUUACAGACGAUGGGGCCUUCUACAGUGUGGCAUUAAAACGUGGCAAGACCCCACUCGAUAAAUUUCGGAAAGAAAACAACACUAUAUCCGGCAGUGAAAUUCUUCACGAGUUCAGAAACGAAGUGAAGAAAUGUGUAAAGAAGACUGAGUAUGUGGAAGUGGAAAAAAAGAAAAUGGGUUGCCCGGCCGUGACGUUAUUGGUCACAGGACCAGGAUCAGUCACCCUCUCACUGGAUGUUGUUCUCGCUCUAGAGGUCCGCACAUGCUGGCCACAUUUCACCAAAGAAGGAUUUAAAAUUGAAGGCUGGCUGGGAAGAAAAGUAAAGCAAGAAUGCAAGGGCAAGCCAUACUAUCUUGUCCCAAAAUAUCAGGGCAGGGGUGCACGGGAGUGUCAUGGGGUCCUUGCUAAAGAUACUUGGCGUAUUUCAUUCUCUCAUGUGGAGAAAGCCAUUAUGAAGAAUCAUGGAUCAGAGAAAACAUGCUGUGAGGAAAAUGGAGCACGCUGCUGCAGGAAGGACUGUUUGAAGCUCCUAAAACACCUGCUGAGUCUGUUGAAAACCAAGGACUCCUCAUUUGACAAGUUCUGCUCCUAUCAUGUCAAGACCAUCCUCCUCCAUGCCUGCUGCUCCAGAACUAAGGACACAGACUGGAAGGCCUCACAUCUUACCCAAUGUUUUCUGCUACUUCUGGAGAACUUUGAGAGCCACCUGAGAGAUCAAGAUCUGCCCAACUUUUUUAUCCCAACUCAGAACCUGCUUCUGGGUCCUAGCCCUAAGAGCUGCAUACUUCUGGCUGAUCGUAUUAAGGAAGAGCGAGAAAAUGGCUUUCCUAUUUUUUCCUGAAGUGAUGACUGGUGGACAGCCAAGACAACAAAAGUCAUUGUGUUGGCUUUCAAAUGUGAAAGCAUCAGCAUUUAUAUUAGAUUGAACCCUUUCAUUCUUUUGAGAUUGAUCUAUAACACAGUUUAAUUCAUGUCAUGUUCAUUGUUCACCUUGUUGACAUUUAACACUAUCUUGAGGAGCACAAUAUAAACGAUAUUGAUAUUACAACUGUAACUGUAAUAUCAAAUAUUGCCUUUUCAUUCUUUUAUGAGCUAAUCGUCAAGUUUUCAAAACAACCCUGUUACUUGAUACCAUUAGUGAGAUCCACAUCAGUAUGUUUUUAAAAUCUUUAAACAAUGGCAAAAAUGGCAACUCUGAGCCUAAAUUUCAAAGGAUUGGUAUGAGUAGGCUUAUCUCAGAAUUUAAUAUUACAAUUUUACAUGUUUUUUUUUUUAACUUUCAAACACCCCUCUCACUCUCAAAUUCUAUUUCAUUUUUGCUCAGUAACUCAUUUUCUAAAGUUGCCAAGAGACUCAGACUCAGUGGUGCCUACAUGCUAGGGUGAGGAACUAAGUUUCACUUUCCUGUAAACACACAUCCAAAGCCUAGGGUUGAUGCCUGUCCCAGUUCAUGACAAACAGCUUAAGGUUUGGAUGUGACAAUUUACUAUUAGAUAACAUUUAGGGGGCUCUUACAACACAGACAUGGGCCAAGAUCUGGGUACACUUGACCCCAAAGUCCACUUUGCUUGAUUUGUGUUUACACGGUAUCAUAGCCAGGCACUGAUCAACAAACUACGCCCAAGUCCACUUGAAAAAGGUGAUCUUGAGUACAAUUCAUGUGCACUUGAGCACAGUUCACAUCAUGCGUGAAAGCAACUGUACCAAACAUGGAAGUGGACUGUUCUCUCUCUUCAUUCACAUUCAAGUACGCUCAACCACUGCUGCGCUUACUCUUUCCAUAUCAGUGUAUAGACAUGUAAGUGUACUUGGGUACGGAACAACAUUACCGAUUCGAAAACUGAGUGGCAGGGGAGUGCAGGGCAAUCAUACUCAUGAUACAAAGCAAUCAUACCUGUUAUGAAAACGCCCUUAAGCUACUGUCAGCCAGUGUGUGGGCAAGUCAGUGGUGAAGCCAGCUGGGCUGGGUUUUUUUAAAAUUCCAUUUUCUAUAGCUCAGUGACUCAUUUCCUGAAACUGCUAAGAGACUGAGACUCAGUGGUGACUACAUAGUAGGGUUAAGAACUAAGUUUCACUUUCCUGUACAUGCAUAUCCAAAGCCAAGGUUUAAUAUAUGUCCUAAUUCAUGACAAAGCCUGUGGUUUGGACCUGACAAUUCACUAGUAGAUAACACUUAAGCUAAUGUGAGUCAAUGUGUAGGCAUGUCUGAGGAAGAGCCCUGUGGCACAACACCAGAUAGAAAAUACAGUACGGGAGCUAUUUGUUGAGUGGAUCUAUCUGUUCAACCAAGUCAGUGGUUAACCCAGCUGGGCUGCUUUUUUAUUUUAACGCAUAUUUAUUUAGCCAUCCCUCCUCCGAGGUUGUCACAUAGAUGUCCAACACCUAUCACACUGUUAUUCUGAUGAGCUGCCAACUUUCAAAAGAUACCUUGCCUGAGGCUGAGGUAACCAGCAUCCGUAAAGCCACCAGAGGCGUUGAAGAACCUUGAGGACACUCUGAAAUUAAACAAUAAAACCAG